AUGGUGCAUGUAGAAGAAGCACCGUCCUCUUCGGAGGUGCCUGAAGAGUUGCCGCCUCUCGCCUUCCCCUCCAUCGGCUGCCUCGAACUCCGCCGCAUCCUCGACGUCCCCUUUUUCCUCCCUCCCCUUCCACCGCCAGACAAUACAGAUCAGCAGCAGGAGCAGGAGCAGGAGCAGGAGCAGCAGCAGCCUUUAGGAAAGGGCGGAGAUGAUGGCGGCGCGGUAGUGGCUGCAGCCACUGCUGCUGAGCCGGCCGACGCCUCCAUGGCAGCAGCUGCGCCUCCGCCGUCUGAAGCGGGGGGCGUGUCUCUUCUGUCUGGCCUCCUGCGGCGCUUGCUGCGGCCGCAACAGCAGCAGCAGCAGCAGCAGCAAUACAAUUCAUUUUUUGUUGACCGCUUGGGCUUUGAGUUGCCGAUCUGUGGAGUACCCACAGCCCAGCAAAUCUGUUCCUCCUGGAAAGCAACAGGCAGAGUGCAAACAGAGAGAGGAGAGAAAUGCGUCUCUGUCAUUUCAUGGGAGGGACGGCAGGUGUUUUUCUGGCUGCUGUGGCCCAACUCGAAAGCAGCGAACGCUGCUGCAGCCGCUCCUGCAGCAGCAACUGCAGCAGAAACAGCAGCACCAACGACAGCAACAGAAGGAGCAGCUGCGCUGUAUGUAUACACUGCUGAAGACACCUUGUUGUCAUGCAGCUUGGUGGAGAGAUUUUCAGUACUGGCAGUGACGUACGACACUAAGCCUCCACGUACCGAGUUGCUGCUGCUGCCUCCGCUGCAAGUACCCACAGCUCCUAGCAGCAGCUGCAGCAGCAGCAAGAAGAUUCAGCUGACGCCGCAGCCCUUAGUGCCCCUGCGGCGUUUGCUGCUUCCACGAGAUGAUGUUGUGCUGCAGUGGGUAGGAGACAGUGCGUGGGGUGUUCUCUUUUUGUGUUUUUGCCUACAAACGAAGUUCGGGGCUCUCAUGCUGCUGCACUCAGAGGCAAUAGCGGCCCAGCAGCAAGAAGCUCUGCAGCAACACAAGCAGCAGCAGCAGCAGCAACGGCAGGAAGAGGGCGUUGUUGAGCAAACUGUAGCAGUAGCAACAGCAGCAACAAGCGGCUGCCAACCUGUUGCUGCAGUGAAGCUGCUGGCCCGCGACUUCUCUUCCGCAUGGCUGCCGACGACUCCCUUCCCCCCAUCUGCGGUGUCUGUACACCCCAGUUUGCCGGUGGCAGUAGUUGUGGGGUUUUGUGCAGAUGAGCAGUGCGCCUGGACCUGCUGGGUGCCGCUGCAUGCAAUGAAGAUGGAGAGGGAAGCAGAAGAAGACAGCGAUUACUCAGAAGAAGAACAGCAGGCAGCACCAAAUGCUGCAGCAAAUGAACAACUGCUGCUUCCAUCAGCAGCAAGACGCGCUGCUGCUUCAGAAGGCCCCCGUCCUGUUGCUGCCGUUCUGCCCUCCCUCGAUCUGCUGCGGUCCCUCGCCGCCAGAAACGCCCUGGAAGCCAUGGAUGCUCAUCUCCAGCAGCAACAGCAGCAGCAGAAAGGAGCAGAGAGCUUGCCGCUGUGGCGUAGGGCUGAAUACCCUGCGUCUUUCUACGGGCCAGUCUUCUUUAGGGCUCGUGAAUUGGCAGAAGAGACGGAGAGAUGGCUGGGAAGGAAAGACGAACCUACAAAAGGAUGCGCACCAACCAAUGCUGCUGCUACAGCAGCUUCUCAGCAGCAGCAGCAGGACACCGAAGCAGUGGCAGCUGCAACAAAAAGACGCCAGCAGCUGCUGGCCAACCUGCGUGACCACCUCACUGUGUCUUCGGAAGACAGCAGACAACAGCAGCAACAGCAGCUGCAGCACGUAGCAAUUAGCAGCUGUGGCGGCCUGCUUGCGCUGUCUCUGUCCUCCGACGAGCUGCUGCUGCUGCGCCUCACCCGUGAUGAACAGCCAGGCAGCAGCAACAGCAGCAACAGCAAUGCUGCAUAUUAUGAACCCCUGGCUUUCCUCCCCGCCCCCUUUAUGUGGCACAUCCGAUCCCAAGCUGCUGAUCCACCUCAGCAGCAACCCUCUCACUCCGCCGCUGCUGCGGAGUUUCCGCAGCACCAAGUCGCUGAACAAACCGGGGAGCUUCGGAACCGCACUCAUCCCGAGCAGCAUCAGCAAAAGCAGCAGCAGCAACAACAGCAGCAGCAAUCGAUGCACGGCGAGGAGUUUGAAUUGCUGGAGGAGCAAGUGGCGCUGCUGCAGGUUGAGCGGUCCUCUCCUCCUUUGCCUCUUGCUGCUUCUUUCUUUGCUGGAGAGGCCAGCGAGCUGCUGCUGCUGUUCUUUAGUGACCAGGUUCCCCUGGCAUCCCAACAGCAACAGCAGCAGCAGCAGGAGCAGGACGGGAAUGCAACGGCGGCCGCAGCUUCACCUGACGGGGAGACCCCUGAGGCCUUGUCUCGAGGGGGUUGGUUAUGCGUGGCUUUUGACUUAGACAGGAACAGUCUGCUGAUGUCACCUUCGCCGCAGCAGAAGCAGCAGCCGGUCUCAGAGCUUGCUCGAAAGAGCUGCAGCAGCAGCUGCAGCAGCAGUCAAUGUUGGGCAAUGAUAGACGGCUGUAGGGGCCCUCCAGCGUUCCCUCUUGCCCUCUUGCAUCCUCUAGGAGAUAUCCAGCCUAUGGGAGAGGGAAGCAGCGGUGUGCUGCAGCAGCACGAGGAGACUUUGCUGCUGCUCACUGUUGAGGGCACGGGGGGCCACGGCAACAGCAGCACCAGGAAACAGGAGCAGCAGCAGCACCAACGGGAGGCGUUCCGGUUGUCCCUUUCAUCUUUGCAGUGCGCAGAUGUCGUUUCAUUUGCUGCUGCCGCUGCUUCUGAGGGGCGUUGGGAAGAGGCGGAGGUGCUGCUGCAGCGGUCUCUGAGUCUGGCUCGGCGCGCCUACGAAGCAGCAGCAGCAGCAGGAGAGGGGGAGAUGAAUGGAGUUGUACUUAUGAGGUCACAGGAGGAGGUGCAGCGCCUCGAAGAGGCUCUUCGGCUGCUCCAGCAGCAAAGGUGGCAGCAAAAGGGCAAGCAGCCCACUGCCUCCGAUGACGACUUCCAGGCGGCCCUGCGUGUUGCUGAAGCAGCAGAAGCCUCCGUAGGAGCAGAGCAGGGCAGCAGCAUUUCUCAGUGGCUCCUGCAGCAGGCGCUGGAGUAUGAACCAGUAGCAGCAGCAGCAGCGGGCUGCUCUCCCCCAGCUGCCGACGUCGCAGCAGUCUUAGCAGGUGCCUGGACGCCUCAUCAUCUUCCUCUGCGUCGCCUCCGCAUGCUGCUGCAGCGCGCCUUGCAGCAGCAGCAACACCAGCAGCAGCGGGCGGAGAGCGACGCGCCUCCUGCCCAGGCUGCUGCAGCUGAGAGACUGCAACGAUGCGACGUCUUGUUAGCCCUCUCAGAGGCAGCAGCGCGCCUCAUGGACGUCGGAGGCCUUUCCAGCGACCCCACGAGUUUGGGAUCGACAGCGGCAGCAGCAACAACAGCAGCAGGGGAGAGAGGGCUUCCAUGUUCAUCACUGAAGCAGAAGCAGAAGGAGAAGGAGAGGCAACGGCAGAAGCAGCAGCAAGACCCCCCAGCUGGUGCUGAUCCUGCUGAAGUUUCGAGUAAAGUUGGUGAGCUGUUGUUGCAGCAGCUGCAGCAGGCUCUUGCUGCGCUGCUGAGGAGCCCUUGUGAUGAGGAGACAGACACAAAGCAGCAGCCUUUCGUGCUGCAGUUGGUUCAUACUUUUGCCGCCCACGCGCAGACUCUGGCUGUCCAGUUGCUGCUGCAGCAGCACCCCCACGAGCUGCGCCCCCACUGGACGUCGGUCCUCAGCGCAUUCCCUGAGGCGCUACCACCCGAAAGAAUGCUUCACUUGCUGCCACACCCAGUCAACUCGUUUGGCAGCAGCAGCAGUAUCAGCAGCGGCGGGCUGGAAGCGACGGCUGAUGAUAUUGCAUUGUGGGCAGUGGAGCGCUGUCUGCUUGUUAUGAGAGGCCCGGGGCUGCUGCAGCACUGCGCGCUGCCUCUUGUCACUACUGUGCUGCUGCUGCUGCUGCAGCAGCCGCCUCCUGCUGGCCUUGCUGGUGCUGCUGCCGCUGCCUUGCAGCAGCAGGAGCAGGCAAGGGAGGCACUCGCUCUUUCACGCCUCGACCAGACUCAGCUGCAUCAGCUCCAUCAGCAGCAGGAGCUGUUGCUACAGCAGCAGAAACAGCAGCAGGAGAGAGCUGCUGCUGCUGCUGCUGGGGCGAGUCUCUCAGCAGCUGUAUUAGCAGCGGGCCACAGGCCGCUGACCUCUUCCCAGGCAGCACCUGCGUCACAGGUGACCAGCCCCAGUCCAACAGGAGCAGCAGCAACUGCUGCUGCUCCUGCUGCAACGGAAACUUCUUCCGCUUUGCCUGCAGCAGCAGCAACAACAGUUGGAGGAAUGGAGGCGCCUUGGGGCAUAGACAAAGGCUUGCUGCGGCAGCAGCAGACUCUUGUGCUGCAGCAGCGGCAGGGCUGCAGUGGGCUUAUGAAUGGAUGCAGCGGUAUCCGUCGGCUGUAUGCGUUGCAUGGAUUGCUGCGGCAGUUCUUGCUGUUGCAGCUGCUGCACGUGCGUUGCCGGCAGGUGCAGCAGCAGCAGGAACAUCCUGCUCCUGCCAGCCCUUCUGCAGUAUUGAGGAGGCCAGCUGCUGCUGCGCAGAGGCGGCAGCAGCAACUGCAGCAGAAGGCCGUGCUGCUAGAGAAUGCUACAGAAGACUUCUUUAGCUUUGUCAGGCUCGCCGAUAGUUCGCGGCUGCUGCUGCUGCUGCUGCACCUUGUUGCUGCGCAGCUGCAACAGCAACCAGGAUCAGCAGCAGCAACUGCAGCAGAAGGUCGUGCUGCUACUACCGAGUCUGGGAGCAGCUACGGUAGCAGUAGCAGGAUAAGCUCAUUUGCAGCUGCAGCAGUGGCCACCCUCGUGGAACCCUUUGCAGCCCUUGAAUACUUUGCACCGCCGGAAGAAGACCAAAAAGCAGCAGCAGCUGCUGCUGCUCCUGUAGCGAGAACGACAGCCCGUGAGCACGAAGACCUGACGCCGUUGCUACGCGCUGUGGACAAUUGCUUUAGUCGGGGUUUGCUGGUGGAGCUGUCCUUGUGUCUAACAGCAGAAACAGCAGACCCCCUGACUGCUGCAGCAGCACUGCGGGCCUCUCGCUGUUCCGCUGCCGCGGCAGUAGAGGCAGCAGCAGGAGCAGCAGCAACAGCGAGUCAUGAGGAGGGGCUAGCAGAUGCAGCUUCUGGGCUGACAGAGGCAACAGCUCUGCGACUGCUUCGAUGGGUGCUGCUGCUGCUGGCAACAAAGUGCAGCAGCCCUCAGCUGCCGCCAGACAGCCGCCUCAUGCCGCAUGCAGCGCUGCUGCUGCGGCUAGCGCUGGUUGCUGCCUAUGGAAAGAACAGCUGUCUUCCGGGUGCAGCGGUUGCUGCGUAUGUGAAGACUGUCUUGCGCGAGGCGCUGCAGCAGCUUAAGCAGGAGCAGGGGCAGGAGCAGCAGAAGCAGCAGCAGUUGAACGCCGGCUGGGCAUCUACCCUCCCAGCAGCAGCUACUGCAGCUGCUGCUGCAGCAGCUGCAGCUGCUGCUGCUGCAGGUGUUGCCUCACCGCCUGACGAGCAGCUACAGAGCGACGUGUCACUGCUGCUGCACCAGACAGAAGCUGUUGCUGCAGCGCAGCAGCUGCUUCAGGGGGGAGGGAAGGGCGCUGUGCUUCGUGCUUCUUUUCUUGAGUUGAGAGCUGCUGCUUUGAGCGAGGAAGCAGCAAAGCGGCUACUCCUGCCUCUGCUGCAGGAAUCCAUUUGGCAGCAGCAGGCAGCCUGCAGCAGCAGGCCACGGGGAUGGGAGAAAGUUGCUGCUGAGUGGACGACUCUGUUUGACCGUGCUGUGUAUGUACACCGCAAGUUGUCUGUUGCAAUGCCUCCCACGGAGUUUUACAUGCAGCUGGCGUUGCUGCUGGCUUCGCUGCCUCCUCUGCAGACAGCAGAAGUGCAGCAGCAGCAGCAGCACCCCCUACUGCUGCUGCUGCCUUUGUGGAAGCAGGCAGCGUUGCUCGCUGGGGACAGCACUAGGAAGGAGUUUGCUGAAAGCUGCUGCUGCUUGCUGCUGCAAACCGCCAAGGCCCUAUUAGACAAACCCCCGCAGCGGAUGGGGCCCCACGUCGCUCUUGCUGCUGCUCUGCUGCAGCAAGCAGCAGCAGUCGCCGACGAAGCGAUGCAAGCCCUGCACCAGCAGGCGCAGCAGCAAAUGCAGCAUCUCCACCAGCAACCGCAGCAGCAGCUGCUGCAGCGGAUUAAAACAGACAUUGAAGACGAGACAACUCUUCAUGCCGUCGUAGUGUUGCUGUAUGAUCUUCUGCAGCAGCAACAGCAGCGGAGAGCGCUCCCUUCAGCAUUGGGAGCGGCGUCUGCUGCUGCUGCCACUGCAGCAGCAGCAGCAGCUGCUGCUGCAGAGGCGGCCAUCAGCCGCGCCAGAGGUGCAGCUUUAAAUGCUCUGCUGUCCAGUGGGGACACAGACAGCGAAGGGAGAGGCAGCUCCGACACAGAGGCCCCCCAGCCACACCGAGCAGCAGCGGCAGCUGCAGCAGAUGAAACAGCACCAGAUGCAGCUUUAACAGAAGCAAGGACAGCCGCAGCAGAAGCAGCAUGCGUUUUGCUGCAGCUGGCGCAGCCAUCUGUGCUGCGGAAGCAGCUGCGCACUGCUUGUGGACGGAAGCAGCUGCUGUCGGUGCUGCUGGAGAAGCAGCCGUUGCUCGCGCUGCAGCAGCAGCAGCAGAUGAAGCAGCUGGGAAGGUUGCUUUCUAUUGAAGCCGAAGAGCAGCAGCAGCUUAUAGACACCGCAAGGGGCGUCGCCUACAGAGCAUUAGGGGAGAGAGGCGCAGCGACCACCAUUGCUGCGACUCUGCUUGCUGCAGAGCUACGCAACAGCAAAGCAGCAGCAGCAACGGCCGACCGAGCUGCAAAGGAGGAUGGGAAGAGGAGGGAAGCAUUAGAAGACGCAAACCAGGCAAUGCAGAAACGUCUGAGGACAGCCGCCGCUGUGCCGCAUGAAGAAACAACGUCUUCUGCAGCAGCAACAACACUGCCACAAUAUGCAGCAGCAGCGGCAGCAGCAGCAGCAGCGGCGGCGGCGGCCGGUGCGUUGAGCCGCUGCACUGAACGCCCCUUUUUAGCUUCCUUAGGGGAGGGAGCUGCUGCCGACUUGCUGCAGCAGCAAGCGCCUCGCUUAGCCAGCCGAAUCGUUGCUGCUGCCGUCAACAGCGCAGCAAACGAACAGCUUCCCAGUCUUCUUCGCACAGCUGCUACAGCUCGUGCAGCAGCAGCAGCUGCUGCUGCUGCUGGGGAUGCGUCACAACAGCAUGGGCGGCCUGUGGGCUGGGAGCCUUCUACUGCAGCAGAUUUGGUGCCUCCCCCAGCAGCACCAAUACCAGCAACAGCAGCGGCAUCAGCAGCCAACUCAUCCCCUCCUGUGAAUCCUUCUCAAGCGUCGGCAUUCUGGUUGCGCCCCUCGCAAAAUUUCCGUCUGCAAGGCAGCAGCAGCGACAGCGGCUCUGCGCAAUAUCAAAUGGCCCGUUCUGUUCUAAGGCUUUUAGGUUCAGACAAGCCAACAGCGGCAGCUGCUGCUGCAGCAGCAGCGGCAGCAGCAGCAGGCAGCGCUUGGGGUCCGCCGUCGUUUCUCUUUGUUUCGGCCUUUGAGGCUGCUGGCGACGCCGUGGCCUCUGCGGCUGCCAGUGCAAAGCAGUUAUAUGCUGCUGCUCUCUCGGCAGACGCUGCGGCAAACCCCCACAUGCAACAACAGCAGCAGCAAAACCAGCAGCAGCAGCAACAGCAGGCCCCGGCCAGUAUAAGUGGAUCACAACAAGCACCAGCAGAAGCAGCAGCAGCAGCGAGCGCAAGGCGCGUGGCGGGGGCCCUGAGGGAGUGGGUAGUGCUGAAUGAAGUUGGGGAGAGCAGCAGUCGUUCUGCUUUGAUUGCUGCUGUCUUCUCUCCCUCUUUGGGGGCACCCAGAGAUUUGCUGCUGCAGCCCGGCAGCUGGGAGAUUGCGGGGACCCCUGCUGCUGUUGUGGAGUGGCAGGCGCUGCUGCGGCGAGAUGUGGCGGUCGCUGUGUUGCUGCUGUCUGCUUCUGGUGACGCAGAAGCCGCAGCACAAGCAGCACGCUUUGCCAGUCCUGCAGCUCCGGCUGCUGCAGCUGCUGCUUCCAGCCCUCAAGAUCACAGCAGUGACCGGCAACCGCUUCUGGCUGCUGCGCUCCCUGCCUCUUGUGCGGCCUUGCUGCAGACGGCGGGGCUGACAGCAGCAGAACUUCUUCUCGUAGUGCAGCACCUGCUGCUGCUGCAGCUGAUGCCGGUGCUGUUGCUUGCGGACCCUAAAAAUUCCUCGGUUGACCGCCUGGCCGCGGCGCUGCUGCUGCUGCUGCGCUUCCUUAGAAGGGUUCCGAACCAGCAGCCUCUCAGCAGCAGCAGCACCAGCGGCAGCAGCAAGGCCAGCAACAAGCAGGAUUCCCCUGCGCUCCUUGGGGCCCGUCUAGUGUGGGACAGUGCCUACAGGCGCGAGGCGUUGCUGCGGAUUGGCGCGGCGGAUUCUUCACUCAUUGAUGCUGCAGCAGCAGCAAUGGCUGCUGCUGAGCCCCUUAGUGAACCGCUAAAGUCUCUGCCGCAGCUCCUGCCCAAGAAGGGGCUGAUGUCCUGCUGCAGCAGCACCACUGCCUCGCCACUGUCAGGCUCUGCUGCUGCUCACGGAGGCCUGCAACAACAGCGGCUGCAGCUCGAGCAACUCAAGCAACAGCAACAGCAGCAGCAGCAGAGACGGCAACAACAUCCCGCGAUGGAGACGGGAGAAGACGCAUGCCUGGCCACUCCCUGUCACCUAACCCCUGACAACAGCCAAGCGAAGACCGGCAGCAGCCUCAAGGAAUUUGCUUCCCCCCUCUCAGCAGAAACCACAGCUCAAGCCCCUCAAAAAGAGCAGCAACAACAGAGACAGCAACAGCAGCAGCAGCAAGAGCCACAUGGGCAGACGCAGCGGCCGCAGACAGCAGGGGGGAGUCAAUGCAGCGCGGAAGUUUCUUACAGAGGGGCGGACAGCGACGCUGCAAUCAAAGCGAGUUUAGGAGGCGAGGGCCUGAGCUUGCGGUUGGAGCAUGCAAAAAAGAUUUUCCUGCUUAACGCAACUCCUAUAAAUGCCGCAAUGGCCAGCGAGGUCUCCCCCUCCAUCUCGGUGUUGCUGCGCUGUGCCCCGGCUGCCUUAGGGCUGUUGGUGCUGGACUCUCUUGCUGCCUUGCUGCAAGCCAACAUACCCCACAUGCCCUCUCUUCUGCAUCCCUCUGUGCUGCUGCAGCUCUGUCGCCGCGAAGCCCGGCACGAGCAGCAUUCCGUUGCGGCUGAAACAGCAGAAACAGCAGCAGCAGCAACAACAAAAGGAGGAGCAGAAGCAGCAGUGGCAGCAGCUGCAGCGUCGCAGCAGCUCAAUGCCUUUGAUUCAGGGGGUUGCUGCACCCUACCCCCUCAAGAAUUUCAACGUCGCAUCCUCUUCAUGCGCAGACUUUUUGCUGCUUGCGUUUCCGCUCUCCAGUGCGAGCCAGCUUGCUUCCUGCUGCCCACCGUACGCCGUGUAGCAGCAGGAGGAGCAGCAACCGCAGCAGAAACAGCAGCAACGGAAGCAGAAGCUGCUGCAGGUUGUGCGAUUGCAGCAACGGAGUCAUUGGUGCUGCGGGUGGCCCGUUUGGUAGUGGAGAGCGCAGGCUUGGGGUUUCUGCCUGACGAGGAAACUCUGGGGGCUCUGCAGCUAUGCGCGCCUUCCUUAGACAUUGCUUCUCUGCUGCUACCGCCUCCCUCUCUGCUUCAGGGCGGGGAGGUGUUGCUGCGGCCACAGGAAACAGCACAGAUACACCCAAGGGCAGCUCCUGUUCUAUUGGACGAUCCGUUUGCCACCAGUUUUGCUGCAGCUGCUGACAGCAGCAACAUUUGCGUGGCGAUGUCGCUGCGGCAGCAGAUGAAGUGUCUGCUGCAGCGGAGUUCAGCCGCUGCCCUCUGCUUCUCUGCACUUGAAAAGCAUCUGCAGCAGCUCAAGAAAAACUUUUUUGGCCUUCCCUUCCCUGCCUUUGACGUGCUAGAGAACUACGAGUUGCAGCAAGCAGCGGCGGCUCAGCGCGCGAGGCGGCCGCCAGCAGGGGACGCUGUAGAGGCUUCGGAGCGGCCGCGAGAGUCCUGCUGCUCUGUAAAGGCUGAUGGCGCUGCCAACGACAUCGUGUCCAUCAUACUGCAGAACCUGCCGCUCGAAGAAUGGGAGCACCUGCUCAUGCGCGUCAAGCCCUUAGGCCCUUCUCUCCAGCUUCUCGUCGCGCUCCCCAUGCAGCAGAUGCUGCAGCAGCAGCAGGACAGAGAGCAGCUACCGCAUUCGGAAGCGGAUGGUUGUAUGGGAUCCGCUGAAAGAGCUGAACUCAUAAACAAACUACAACAGCUGCUCGACAAACUUGUCGCCAUUCUGCCUUUUGCGGCUUCCUGGGAACAGCGUGUGGCCGCCCCUUCUUCAUUCUUUUCUGAGGAGUGUUCUGUGCCCGAAGCAGCGGCGGAACUGCUGACGACAGCAACAGACAAGGUGUAUAAAGCCUUCAGUGGAACCUUCUGGAGACUCGCAUGCAGACAUGUCCUCUUGCGCCCGCGCCACAGCAAGGCAAAAUCAGCCGCCUCUCCCAGGGUUGCUGUCUUGUUAGAUCUGGCUGCCCUCAUAUCCACAGGCUUCUCAGCUUGGCUUCGCUGCCGCUGGAAACCUGUGCAGCAGCAGGAACAGCAGCAGCAGCUGCAGCAGGAACAGCAGGAGCUGCUGCAAAAGGAGGCAGAGGGGGUGGAAGGAAACUCCGACAAGGUGGAAGCCGCUCUCGACACACUCCUUCAGCGUACAGCCUGCGUACCGCUGAAGAGCCCCUGCGAAUCCCUCGCCUUUGCAUUAUUCGUAUUACAGCAAAUAACUCGUGAUUCCUGUCCUGACGAAGAAGCAGCUUGCAAGUGCGACAACACGGUUUGUGAGUCAGAGCAGCUGCUGACUCAAAUUCGCCUGUUUCAAGUACUCGUGGGGCACACGAGAUCUCUGUGCAGCAGUCUCGAAGUCCUGGAUGCUGAGCAGCAAACCAAUGUGGAGUCCCUAGCAACCAAUUGCUUUAAUAGCGCAUCGGAGCUUUUGCAAACACAAGAAAGAUGCCUCGACAGACUGGCCGCAUACGCACUGUUUCCUGGGAAGGAGGACAGGCAGUUGUGCAUCAGUCUCUUAGACGUGCGUACGGCGGCAUCGCGAGAACAUGACGAGUCGGAGAUCGGGCACUUUGUCCUGCGAGUCAUCGAAACGUUAGAAGCAGAAGGCAACGUCUUCAGCACCUCUCGCGCUUCCGUACUCAUGCGCUGUGCUGGUCUUCUUCUGUGGAGAGGCGGAAGGGGGUGGCGGAAGCAGUGGGAAGAAGAUGAUUCCGGGGCCAUGCGCUGGAGUCCUUUCUGGAGCGACUCAAUUCUGCAGUUGCCUCAAGAAACGCGACCAGCUCCUCCUCCCUGCCAGACUCAAGAGCUGGCAAUGACACAUCAGAAAGCCUGGAAUGCAUUGCUCCGUGCAGCGGAAAGCAUCGAGGAGUUCAUGAUCCUUCGGCUUCUCUCUGGAAAAUAUGCCGCUGAAAAUGCUCAUUUAUUCUGGAAAGGACAACCAUCACCAUUAAUAAUGCUGAUGACGUGGGAUGCGAAGCUCCAUAUAGAGGCGGUCAAGCGGCUUCUGGAAAAACACCCAAUCAGUGGCGCACCCAGCAAACAUAGGCAUUCAGGUUCAAUCGUUCUUUCGGACUUGCACCAUCAUGCGACUCUCAUUCAUGCAAAUGCUGACAUUCCAGUUGAGCCAGACAUGCUUCAGCUGGCCCAUGCAUUCGCAGCUGCUUGCUUGCUACUCUUGACUGGACGUGCUUGCGCUUUCACCGCCACUACAUUAUUCCCGUUUGUAACGGAGCUUCUUGAGGAAGAUCUCUGGGAUGAUGACACGUGGAAAGAGGCCCACACAACCACCGCGAUGGUCCACCGUAGCAGUUGUAGCAUACCUCUCAACUUUUGUGAGGCCCUUGAGGAGUUUCCUACAACAAAGCCUCGUAUUGCAACUGUGUUUAAAUGGGAACUUGAACACAGCGAUAGCCAUAAUCAGGAGGUUCGGAAACACCAACGUUUCGCAAUCCUCCAUCUCCCAAAAGCAUAUACCAGAGACCUGGGAGCUUUUCUUCUUAGGGCAUCGACGGCAAUGCGGCAGCAGCUGCCCAUGGAAUUUUAA